GGCCAAAGUAAACUGCAAGUUGCGAGACAUUCAAUUAAACCCAAAAACCCUACUCCGACAGUUCAACCUGGUUGCAUAGCCCACGCACAGCCAAAGCAACAGAGAAAGAGAGAGAUUCAUCGAAGGAGAAAGAGAAAUGUGGAGAUCCAUAGUGUCAAGAUCUUCUUUCGCCAGAAACUUUGGGCGGAAAUUGAUUUCAUCUCAAACCCCAUCUUCUCAGGUAAUCCACAAACCCCUAAAUUCAUCACAUUUUUCAUCCAGCAAACAUUCCGGGAAGUUUCUUCAUCAAAAUUACAGGUUUUUCUCUCAAUCUUCUUCAAUUAGUGAAUUUGAAACUGAGAAUCAUGAUGCUACUUCCUCUGAGGAACUUGAAUUGGAAAAUAAUGGGGUUAUUGAAGAUACCCAUGAUGUUAAUUCUUCCCAAGACAUUGGAUUGAACCCUAAUACUGGUGAAAUUGAUGAAAUUAUUGAUGCCCAUAUUAGUGGGGUUGACUUUAAUGAGCAGGAAUUAGAAGGGGUUAGUGAAGAAAUUGUAGGGGUUGAUGAUGAGAAAUUGGAAAAUGUGUUGUCUUUGCUUCAAAAUGAUGUAGAUGGGUCUUUAGAGUCUAGUCUUGAUAGUAUGUAUUUGAGGUUGAAUGAGGAGUUUGUGAUGAGAGUGCUCGAAACACCGCUUAUUCCUGGGGAUCAUUUGAUUAGGUUUUACAAAUGGGUUUCGUGUCGUAAUGAAUUCAAAGCUAAUAUCCUGAUUUUAAGUGAGCUUGUUCGUGCUGUUUGCACUAGUCCCGAACCCAAAAGGAAAGAUGUUUAUGCUUUGUGGGAUGUGGUGAAGGAAAUCGGUGAGAAAGAGAGUGGUGUUGUUGAUGCCCAAAUGCUUAAUCAGUUGAUAUUAGCAUUCUCAAAAAUGGGCAAAGGAAAGGCUGCAUUUGAGGCAUUUGGGAAGUUCGAGGAAUUUGGUUGCGUCCCAAAUGUAGACACUUAUUAUUUCACCAUUGAAGCGCUUUGUAGGAGGUCAUUCUAUGAUUGGGCUACAUUAGUUUGCCAGAAAAUGCUUGAUUCUGGAAUGCUUCCUGAAACUAAGAAGGUUGGUGAGAUCAUAUCUUAUUUCUGUAAAGGACAUAAGUCGAAGGAGGCUCAUGUUGUCUAUCUCACAGCAAAGAAGAAUGAUAAAUAUCCUCCUCAAAAGGCUGUUAAUUUUUUGAUAAGUUGCCUGUCAAAGGUGGAUGAAACUGUAAACUUAGCACAGGAAAUGCUGGUUGAUUUUCCUGGUGAAGUUCUUAAACAUGCUAUCAAUCCGUUCACAUGGGUAAUCCGUGGUUUAUGUAGGAAAAAUGACAUUGAGGGUGCUAAGAAAUUAUUUGCUGAGAUGAUGGAGAAAGGCCCACCUCCUGGAAAUGCAGUCUUUAAUAUUAUUGUCAAUUCUCUCUCUAAAGCUGGAGAUUUGGAAGAUGCAAAGGAGUUUCUGAAAACUAUGGAGAGUAGAGGACUUAAACCCGAUGUUUACACUUACAGUGUCAUAAUCAGUGGUUAUGCAAAGGGUGGUUUAAUGGAAGAAGCUCGAAAAGUCCUAUCAAUGGCGAAAAAGAAACAUUCCAAACUAUGCCCUGCUACUUUCCACUCACUCAUUCGAGGGUAUUGCAACCUUGGAGAAUUUGACAGGGCUAUGAAGUUGCUGAACGAGAUGAAGGAUUCUGGGGUUGAACCUAAUGUAGAUGAGUACAAUAAGUUGAUUCAGUCACUUUGUUUGAAGGCUGUAGAUUGGAAAACAGCUGAGAAGCUUCUAGAAGAGAUGAAAGGGAAAGACUUGCAUCUUCCUGGUAUUACGCGAGGUCUUAUAAGCGCAGUUAAAGAGUUGGAACAAGAGGCAAUUGGAUCUGAAGAUGAUCUUGUUAAACCAUAGACCGGUUAGUGGACCAUAAUUAGUGUUGUAACAUGAAGUGGCUGAAGCCGAAGCCUCUUUUGUUCCUUUUUUUAUUGUGGUAAUAUUUAUUUCAGUUAUAUUCUUUUCUUUCCCAUGUGGUUAUCAAAUUUUGGUAGCAUUAAUCUGGAUGGCAUCACUUCUAGAACUGUUGAUCAAAUAGUACAACAAAAUUUCUUCCA